AUGUCGUCUAGUGUAAACUACGAUGACCAGGAACCUUUGACAAGUUCUGUUAAACCGUUGACCGAUGCUGUAAUCACUGUAAGAGUGAUCAAAUCGUUUCCAUACAGAAAUGUCAAAAACAUCAUUUUCAAAGGAUACAAUUUGAGGGAGAAAACUGUUCAGGAUCUCUUAGAUGAUUCGUUGUCGCAUAUAAAGUCAAAUGGUACGUUUCGGGCGCUGCGUAACGUCGACUACGACACUUUAAAAAUCUAUACUCAUGCACACGGCUCCAAGACAGUGAAUCUCAUCGUCAACUUCGACCACGACGAUGACUGGGUGUUGCAGGAUGGAAGCAAGAAACUAGUCGACUGCGACAUCGAGAAUGAGACGGAAAUCUCGUUGUUUAACAUGCAGGCGUACCAAGAAUACAAAGCAAAUCCAAAGGAGAAAUGGCUAUAG